GACCUGGACGGCCACAGCGGAGAGCAGCAGCCUCCGGCGGGUCCCGGCCAGGUGCCCACGCACAGACUCUGGCGCUGAGGUCCCCGCACUCUCGCUGCUCCUGCGGCCGGUGGCGCUGGCUGCUCUCUGCCAUGCCCUCCUACACCGUCACCGUGGCCACCGGCAGCCAGUGGUUCGCUGGCACCGACGACUACAUCUACCUCAGCCUCGUGGGCUUGGCGGGCUGCAGCGAGAAGCACCUACUGGACAAGCCCUUCUACAACGACUUCGAGCGCGGCGCGGUCGAUUCAUAUGAUGUGACCGUGGAUGAAGAGCUGGGUGAGAUCCAGCUGGUCAAAAUAGAGAAGCGCAAGUACUGGCUGCAUGACGACUGGUACCUGAAGUACAUCACGCUGAAGACGCCCCUAGGCGACUACAUCGAGUUCCCCUGCUACCGCUGGAUCACUGGAGAGGGCGAGAUUGUCCUGAGGGAUGGGCGUGCAAGAUUGGCCCGAGAUGACCAAAUUCACCUUCUCAAGCAACACAGGCGUAAAGAACUGGAAACACGGCAAAAACAGUACCGGUGGAUGGAGUGGAACCCUGGCUUCCCACUGAGUAUUGAUGCCAAAUGCCACAGGGAUUUACCCCGCGACAUCCAGUUUGAUAGUGAGAAAGGAGUGGACUUUAUUCUGAACUACUCCAAAGCGAUGGAGAACCUGUUCAUCAACCGCUUCAUGCACAUGUUUCAGUCGUCCUGGAGUGACUUUGCUGACUUCGAGAAAAUCUUCGUCAAGAUCAGCAACACCAUCUCUGAACGGGUCAUGAAACGCUGGCAGGAAGACGUCAUGUUUGGCUACCAAUUCCUGAACGGCUGCAACCCUGUGUUAAUCCGACGCUGCACACAGCUGCCUGAGAAGCUCCCAGUGACCACAGAGAUGGUGGAGUGCAGCCUGGAGCGGCAGCUCAGCUUGGAGGAGGAGGUCCAGCAAGGGAACAUUUUCAUCGUGGACUUUGAGCUGCUGGAUGGCAUCGAUGCCAACAAGACAGACCCCUGCACGCUCCAGUUCCUGGCAGCACCCAUCUGCCUGCUCUAUAAGAAUUUGGCCAACAAGAUCGUCCCCAUUGCUAUCCAGCUCAACCAAGUUCCAGGGGAUGAGAACCCCAUUUUUCUCCCUUCGGAUGCAAAAUACGACUGGCUUUUGGCCAAAAUCUGGGUGCGGUCCAGUGACUUUCAUGUCCACCAGACCAUCACUCACCUUCUGCGCACACAUCUGGUGUCUGAAGUUUUCGGCAUCGCCAUGUACCGCCAGCUGCCUGCUGUGCACCCCAUUUUCAAGCUGCUGGUAGCACAUGUGCGAUUCACCAUUGCCAUCAACACCAAGGCCCGAGAGCAGCUCAUCUGCGAGUAUGGCCUCUUUGACAAGGCCAACGCCACAGGGGGCGGCGGGCACGUGCAGAUGGUGCAGAGAGCCAUGCAGGACCUGACCUACACCUCCCUGUGCUUCCCUGAUGCCAUCAAGGCCCGGGGUAUGGACAGCAAAGAGGACAUCCCCAACUACUUCUACCGGGACGACGGGCUCCUGGUGUGGGAAGCCAUCAAGACGUUCACGGCUGAGGUGGUGGGCAUCUACUACGAGAGUGACCGGGUGGUGGAGGAGGACCAGGAGCUGCAGGACUUCGUGAAGGACGUGUACGUGUACGGCAUGCGGGGCAAGAAGGCCUCAGGCUUCCCCAAGUCCCUCAAGAGCAGGGAGAAGCUGUCGGAGUACCUGACCGUGGUGAUCUUCACGGCCUCGGCCCAGCACGCCGCGGUGAACUUCGGCCAGUAUGACUGGUGCUCGUGGAUUCCCAACACCCCCCCAACCAUGCGAGCUCCGCCACCCACGGCCAAGGGCGUCGUGACCAUCGAGCGGAUCGUGGACACCCUGCCCGACCGCGGCCGCUCCUGCUGGCAUUUGGGUGCAGUGUGGGCGCUAAGCCAGUUCCAGGAAAAUGAGCUGUUCCUGGGCAUGUACCCAGAAGAGCAUUUCAUCGAGAAGUCUGUGAAGGAGGCCAUGGCUCGAUUCCGCAAGAACCUUGAGGUCAUCGUGGGCACAAUUGCUGAGCGCAACAAGAACAAGAAGCUGCCAUAUUACUAUUUGUCCCCAGACCGGAUUCCCAACAGUGUGGCCAUCUGAGCACACCUGCCCUAGUCCCACUCUGAGAAGGCAGCUACUCCUGCCCUCCGGACUCCAGCCUGCCAGCAUGCUGUCUGGUCAGGCCUCCUGGAAGCUCACUUUUCCUGCAGACCAGUGUAUUUCCCUGUUUAGCCCUCAGUCUUUAGGGAAUCUCAUAGUUAGAUCAAAGUGUGUAAACACUGCAGGGCCCCUCCUACACAGAGCAGAACUGCACAGCCUUCUGCCCACAGCCAGCUCAGCACUUCCACAGUAGGCCGCAAUAGCAAAUCAGGGUCUCUGUUCUUGUUGGAGACAUGGGAUAAUUAUUUUCUGUCCUAUUUAUGCUUAGUCCAAUUUUCUGCAUGUAGUAGGUAGGUACCCAAAUAUUUGUUGAAUGAAUUAAGAAUUUAUGGUGUCAUAAAAAUAAAAAGUUUAUAUAA